AUGUUCAGCUUUGUGGAUAUUCGGAUAGCGCUGCUGCUCAGCGCAGCGGUGCUUUUGGCGACAGGACAAGGCGAGGAUGAUAGCUUAGCCGGCAGCUGCUCGUCUGAUGGACAGUUGUACAAUGAUAAGGACGUGUGGAAACCUGAGCCCUGCCAGAUCUGCGUGUGCGACAGUGGAAACAUUCUGUGCGACGAUGUCAUCUGCGAAGAAGGCUACGACUGCGAAGACCCCAUCAUCCCCGAGGGAGAGUGCUGCCCCAUCUGCCCUGAUGGACCCAUCACCGAAUCCCCGCCAGUCCCAGGAGACAAAGGAGACCCGGGUCCCCCUGGUCCUCCCGGAAACGACGGCAUCGAUGGAGAGCCCGGCCUUCCAGGACCUCCCGGCCCCCCUGGGCCCCCCGGCCUCGGCGGAAACUACUCUCCUCAAAUGUCCUAUACUGACCACUCCAAAUCCAGCGGCCCUCCUCAGCCUGGUCCCAUGGGCCCCAUGGGUCCCCGUGGCCCCCCAGGACCUAAUGGAAACUCUGGUCCCCAAGGUUUCACUGGCCCCGCUGGUGAGCCUGGUGAGCCCGGUGCUGCUGGUCCCAUGGGCACUCGUGGUUCAGCUGGUCCUCCUGGCAAGAACGGAGAUGAUGGUGAGCCUGGCAAACCUGGUCGCCCUGGUGAGCGUGGAGCUGCUGGCCCUCAGGGAGCCCGCGGUUUCCCCGGAACUCCUGGACUUCCCGGCAUCAAGGGACACAGAGGCUUCUCCGGUCUGGAUGGAUCCAAGGGAGACUCCGGACCUGCUGGACCCAAGGGAGAGCCUGGAAGCUCUGGAGAGAAUGGCAUGAACGGCGCAAUGCUCGUGGUCUUCCCGGUGAGAGAGGCCGCCCCGGACCCCCUGGACCCUCCGGCGCUCGUGGUAACGACGGCAACUCUGGCCCAGCUGGACCUCCCGGACCCACUGGCCCCUCUGGUCCCCCUGGAUUCCCCGGUGGUGCUGGAGCUAAGGGAGAGACUGGUCCUCAGGGAGGCCGUGGUAAUGAAGGACCUCAGGGAGCUCGUGGAGAGGCCGGUAACCCUGGACCCGCUGGACCUGCUGGAGCCGCUGGAAACCCCGGAUCCGAUGGUUCUCCUGGUGCUAAAGGUUCUCCUGGUCCCGCUGGUAUCGCUGGUGCCCCUGGAUUCCCUGGAGCCCGUGGUCCCGCUGGAGGCCAGGGAGCUGUCGGUGCUGCUGGUAGCAAAGGAAACAAUGGUGAGCCUGGUCUGCAGGGAUCUAAGGGAGAGCCUGGUGCCAAGGGAGAGCCUGGCCCAGCCGGUAUCCAGGGUCUGCCCGGACCCAGUGGAGAGGAGGGAAAGAGGGGAGGACGUGGAGAGCCCGGUGGUGCUGGUGCCCGUGGACCUUCAGGAGAGCGCGGAGGUCCUGGAGCUCGUGGAUUCCCUGGUUCUGAUGGAGGUGCUGGAGGCAAAGGCGUCCCUGGUGAGCGUGGAGCCAACGGACCUGCUGGAGCUCAGGGCGCCACUGGUGAAGCUGGAAACCCCGGAGCUCCUGGUGCCCCUGGAUCUAAGGGUGUGA